UUUACCGCGAGAACACUAGAAUAUUGUGCUUCGUGUCGCGAUAGUCGUAAUUUACGAUUUCCGUGAAAUUUGCAAAUAACAUUAGAUUCAUACAAGUGUUAGAACGUGCAUUUAGUCGUCACAUCGUAAAAUUAUUGCAUUUUUACCAUUCUAAAAACGGAAUAUAGAAUAAUAAUUAAAUUAUUGAACUCUUUCUGCGUGAGACUAAAGCAAGGAUGAGUAACGACAACAAUGAGCUCGUGCAGACUGUAACAGGUCCUGUACAGCUUGAUAGUCUCGGCAUAACACUAACGCAUGAACAUCUAUCCUGCGACUUCCAGAAGCUCUACGAAGAACGAAUUCAUGAGAUUGAUCCAAUCGAGGAAAACAUGAAUUUUAGCACUAUUUCCUUAUUAAAGCGAAAUCCAUAUAGCAAAUUCAUUAAUUUACGUUUCAAUGACCCUGAUAUAAUAGAAACUAUGUUCUAUGAAUUAUCCUUAUUCAAAAAUGCAGGCGGUAAAACCAUCGUGGAAAAUAGUAGUAACGGUUUGCGUCGCGAUUUAAAAAAAUUGCAAGUUUAUAGUAUGCAAUGCGAAAUUAAUAUAAUUGCAGGAACAGGAUAUUAUACUGCUAGCGUGCAGAAUGACUUAAACCUCAAUUUUACGCACGAAGAAAUAUAUAAUAAAUUAUUAAAUGAUCUAACUAACGAGAUAGAAGGAGAAGAAUCCUUUAAAAAUGGCGAUUCUAACAAUAAUCCAAAAAUAAAAGCAGGAUUUAUCGGAGAAGUAGGCAGCAAUUGGCCAAUCCAUGAGUUUGAAAAACGUUCUAUUCGUGCCACUGGCGAAAUACAAGCGCAACUGCAUUGUCCUGUGAAUUUGAAUCCCGGCGUUGAGGAAGAAGCACUUAGGGAAGUAAUUAGGCUCUAUCAAGAGGCCGGUGGUGAUUCUAAAAAAGCGGCCAUAUCCAAUAUUGAUCGCACGUUGUGGUACGAGGACAAAUUUAUGGAAUUCAUGGACGACACUAAACACACUUACGUACAAUUUGAUCUGUUUGGUACUCAGCAUUCUUUCAUUCAAAUGAGAAAUAAAUAUUACAAGAUAUUAUCAGACGCACAACGUAUGAAACGUCUGGCAAAACUAAAGGAUGAGGGAAACUUACAUCGAAUUCUCAUAAGUCAUGAUAUUCACACUAAGGAUAGAUUGGUCACUUAUGGCGGUCUCGGAUACGCUCAUAUUUUGAAAAACUUUGUGCCACAUAUGUUAAAAAGGAAUUUUACAAUUAACGAUACAACGAUAUUAACCACUGAAAAUCCUAAGAGAUGGCUAAGCUGGGAACAAUAAUUUGAACACAAGAAAAUUUACAUAUUAUUUUUCUUAUGUAAAGCACGAUGUAUAAAACAAUAUAAUAAAUAUUUCAAGCAUUA